AUUGGCAUCAUUUCAGCUCCAUUGACUCAAGUGAAUAGCGUAUACUCCGCGCACGCCAUACCUAACCCUAGCUCCACAAUGAAAGUGUCAGUGUUUAUUGGGGUCUGUGUUGUUCUUUUCGCACCGAAUGCGCUUGCCGAAGGCCGGUGUCCACCGAGAGAUGAUCCCCUGCUGCCCCCCGUACUACUGCCGCAUCCGACCGAUUGCGAUAAGUUCGUGAUCUGCAGUCAUGGAUUUGAAGUGACGAGUAAAUGCCCACCCGGUUUGGAAUGGAACGAUCGGCGGAAACAGUGUGACUACCCGUCGGAAGCUCAGUGUGUACCGCAGGACGGCAGCAGCAGUACCGUAAUUGCCGCAACCGCCGACGGCUGUCCGCCCGUGUACGAUCCCGAUCAUAUGGUCUACAUUGCGCACGCCAUCGAUUGCACCAAGUACUACAUCUGCGACCCGUACGGCGUGCCACUUCAACAGGACUGCCCGCCGGGGCUUCACUGGAACCCGCGGGUGGACUAUUGUGACUUUCCCGAGUUGGCUUCGUGCAAAGUGGCUUAGUGCCGGAGUGGCGUUGGAUUUCUCCGGCGCUAAGCGUGAAGUGGCCCGUAAGGGCGUUGUUGACUUGAAUAUAGUAAUAGAUAAGA